AACGUUAAGUGUCUUGUUAAGAUUAACUGUUAGCUGACCUGCUGAAUCAUGGUCUGUGAAAUGCUCGUUUCUCAUAGGUUUUUACCGCUGCGGUGAUCACAUGAUAUGGGCGGAAACUGACUCAUACGCCACGCUGAAUCUCCCGCGAACGCAGCCAUUUACCUCUUUUCUCUCUUAGUAGUUACACCGGUUUUGUGGGUCUCUACAUUUUCCUCAGAACAGGCCAUCCGAUUCUUCCUAGUUUGUUUUUCGGGUAAAUCGCAACCACGGCGGACUCAAUGGCACAGUGUGCACCGGUGGCGGUGUUUAAGCUUGUUUUGGUGGGAGAUGGAGGCACCGGGAAAACAACCUUUGUGAAGAGGCACAUUACAGGAGAGUUUGAGAAGAAAUAUGUUGCUACGCUGGGAGUAGAGGUGCACCCGCUGAUGUUCCACACCAACAGAGGAGCCAUCAAGUACAAUGUGUGGGAUACAGCUGGUCAGGAGAAGUUUGGAGGCCUGAGAGAUGGAUACUACAUUCAAGCUCAGUGCGCUAUCAUCAUGUUCGACGUCACCUCUCGCGUUACCUAUAAGAAUGUGCCCAACUGGCAUCGUGACUUGGUCCGUGUCUGCGAGAACAUUCCCAUUGUCCUUUGCGGCAACAAGGUGGAUAUCAAAGACAGGAAAGUCAAAGCCAAGGCCAUUGUGUUUCAUCGCAAGAAGAACCUGCAGUACUACGAUAUUUCUGCCAAGAGUAACUACAACUUUGAGAAGCCCUUCCUGUGGCUAGCAAGGAAGUUAAUUGGUGACCCCAACCUGGAGUUUGUGGCAAUGCCUGCCCUUGCUCCCCCAGAAGUCCAAAUGGACCCCAACCUUGCUGCAAAGUAUGAGGAAGAGCUUCAUGUUGCAUCACAAACAGCGCUCCCAGAUGAAGAAGAUGACCUCUAACCUGUUACCUCAAUGUUCCCCCUAUCUCACCCCAAAUGUUGACAGGAAGUUGUUGGAGUUUUGCCCCUUACUGUAAAAUCCCUUUUCAGAUUUUUUAUUUUUGAAUUUUUUUUGUUUGUUUUAAAACUAAGAAAAAAAA